GAUGGAAAAGAUAGAGGAGGAUAGAAAAUAUUAAACGCAAUGGUGGUUUUAUACAGUUCUCAUGUGUCGCUGUCAUACCCUACCUUCCCUUCUUUGUUUUUCUUUUCUUUCUUUUUCUUUCCCAUAAACAUGGAAAACAAAGCAUAAUUAUUAUUUGUUAAAGAAAGAAAGAGAUUUUGCAGCACUCUUUUGCUUUCAUCUUGGCUUGGUCAGUGCUAUUUUUGUUUUUAGGGAUUUGGCGUUUCACUUUGAGUAAGAGAGACUUGUUACAAGUUAUUAAAAAGCAAUGAGAAGUGGUAGAAUUCAGAGCUGCACUUCGUGUUCAGCAUCAUCAUCAUCCACAUUUCCUCAUCCUCCAUGCCUCUCCUCUGCCUCUCGCCAUUGCAAGUUCCCUCUUCUGCUGUCGCCUGGAGCUCUUUCUCUUUCUCAAAGGGUGUCGAGAAAUUGCCUAGUUCCAAGGUAUUCCUCUGGGUGGUCUCAGACUCAAUUUUCAUUUUCUAAACAAUCGAAUUACAAACAGUUGUUGAGCGUGGGCGUGGGAGCUUUGGUGACUUCAAACACCCAAGGUAUCUCCACUGGGACUCUUAUUGCCGAUGAAAAGAUUGGAGUGUUGUUGUUGAACCUUGGAGGUCCCGAGACUCUUGAAGAUGUGCAGCCCUUCUUGUUUAACCUUUUCGCCGACCCGGAUAUUAUACGGUUACCAAGGUUGUUUCGUUUUUUGCAAAAGCCCUUGGCACAGUUUAUCUCUGUUGUUAGAGCACCCAAGAGCAAGGAAGGUUAUGCUUCAAUUGGUGGUGGUUCUCCUCUUCGACAAAUAACUAAUGAUCAGGCUGAAGAGUUGAGAAAGUCACUUUGGGCAAAGAAUGUCCCUGCAAAAGUCUAUGUUGGUAUGCGUUACUGGCAUCCAUUCACUGAAGAAGCUAUUGAGCAGAUUAAAAGAGAUGGAAUAACAAAGCUUGUUGUACUUCCACUUUAUCCACAAUUUUCAAUAUCAACUAGUGGUUCAAGCCUUCGACUCUUGGAAAGUAUAUUUCGUGACGAUGAAUAUCUAGUGAACAUGCAGCAUACAGUCAUACCUUCUUGGUAUCAACGUGAAGGAUAUAUAAAAGCUAUGGCAAAUUUAAUUGAAAAGGAGCUGCGAAAGUUUGAUCGUCCUGAAAAGGUGAUAAUAUUUUUUAGUGCACAUGGGGUGCCACUUGCAUAUGUAGAAGAGGCGGGGGAUCCUUACAAGGCAGAGAUGGAAGAAUGUGUGGAUUUGAUAAUAGAGGAAUUAGAGAAGAGAAAGAUUGAUAAUGCAUACACUCUUGCUUAUCAGAGCAGAGUUGGGCCUGUGGAAUGGUUGAAGCCCUACACUGAUGAGACAAUAGUUGAGCUAGGACGAAAAGGAGUUAAAAGUCUUCUGGCUGUACCAAUUAGCUUUGUCAGUGAGCAUAUUGAAACUCUUGAAGAGAUUGAUGUUGAGUAUAAAGAGUUGGCUUUAGAAUCUGGUAUAGAAAAUUGGGGUCGUGUUCCUGCACUAGGAUGCGAGCCGAUGUUCAUUUCAGACUUGGCAGAUGCUGUAAUUGAGAGUCUUCCAUAUGUUGGAGCUAUGGCAGUUUCAAAUCUUGAAGCUAGACAGUCGUUAGUUCCCCUUGGCAGCGUGGAAGAGUUAUUGGCAACAUAUGAUUCACAACGUAGGGAGCUCCCACCACCUGUGACUGUUUGGGAAUGGGGUUGGACGAAAAGUGCUGAAACUUGGAACGGUAGAGCAGCCAUGCUGGCAGUUCUUGUGCUACUGCUCCUAGAAGUCACAACCGGGGAGGGAUUUCUGCAUCAGUGGGGCGUAUUGCCCCUGUUCCGCUAAAUCAACUUUGAUGCUGUUAUACAGAAACAAAUAUUAACAAGUGUAAUUUUUCAAAAAAGCAGUAACGUAUGUACAUUCUAUUAGUAUAUCUUCAUGGGUAAAUUACUUUGGAUGCUUAGACAUAACAACACCUUUAUCACACUGAUUCGGUGAAUAGUUUAGAUUUUAGACACAAGUUAUGCCAAAGAAAUAAAAAUCUGUCAAAGGAUUUUGGAAAAGCAAAUUGUCUUCAUGAACCUUGACCUAAAGGACCAAAAUAAUGGGCAUAGGUUUUUUAGAGUAAAUUGUGCGGGAAAGAGAAAAUCAGAAU